UAUCUAUAAUUCUAUGAAUUUCUACCCAAUUGACUUUGAAGAACAAGCCUCUUAAUGUACCAAAUAUAUAUAUUUCUAGAGUUAAUUAACGAUCCCUAAAUUGAGUAAACGAAUGAGUCAUAAUACUAUGAAUAUGACCAAAGUGCUUAUUAGGAGCCAGAAUAACUUAAUACUUUUGAUGGGUAUUUAUAAGAAGAGCCUGUCCUUUUGUUUAAUUAUGUUGAAGAAGCACCAAAAAGGAAAACUAAACAUGUUAACAGAAAAUCUAAAAAAAUUAGAAAAGCUGAUUCAGAAACAGAUGUUCCUUCAGGAAAAAGAAUGAAAUCUCGUAUCACUAAUAAUGAUGUUUUGAAAUUACAGUAAUGCUAGAGAUUAAAAACAAUAAUCUCUCAAAUGGAGGCUCUCUUACAAUAAACAAGAACAUCAAUUCUCAGUCAAUAUAUGAAAAAUCACACUAAGUGACCUCCUUAAUGAUUAAAUAUAUCGAGUUAUAUAUAUAUAUAUUUGUAG